AUGGACGGAUUAGUAGAUGUAGAAUUUCAGAACCCCCGCGAAUCUUCUACAUCGUCAUCUAGCAUUCAGCUGGCCGGCUGUUUUAGCCAAGAAGAUGCGGAUUCGAGGGCUCUAAGCCCAAAGAGGGAAUGCUUCUUGGUGGAAUGGACCAACCCUGAUGAUCCAGAUCACCCACACAAUUGGUCAAACCUUAAGAAAGGUUUCGUCAUGUUCGAGGUUUUAUUUUUAACAUGUGUGACGUACAUGGGAUCUUCGAUCUACACUCCGGGCCAGCAAGCUAUCCAGUCGCAGUUCAAGGUCGGCCACGUGGUCGCAACAUUGAACCUUUCCAUCUAUGUCUUGGGCUACGGAAUCGGACCGAUCUUCUUGGCGCCUUUUUCUGAAUUUGCCACCAUAGGAAGGCAAACUAUUUACAUAAUUACGUUAUUCGUGUUUAUUAUGUUCCAGAUCGGUUGUGCAACAGUGGAUAACGUAGGCGGUCUUAUUGUCAUGCGAUUCAUAAGUGGCGUGCUUUCAUCACCUGCUCUGUCCACUGGCGCAGCGAGCAUUGGAGACGUCAUCAGCGAUGAAAAGAAAGUUCCUUUGGUGAUAGGGCUAUGGUCCAUUGGUGCGGUGUUAGCUCCUAUCGUGGCCCCAUUGUUGGGAGCAUCUAUGAUGGUUGCAAAAGGUUGGAGAUACAUUUUUUGGUUAUUAACUUGGAUGGCUACUGCAAAUCUAGUUAUGUUGUUUUUCUUUCUUCCUGAAACAUUAGCAGACAACGUACUUUACCGGAGAUGCCGAAGGAUAAAAAAAAUGACAGGCAUAGACGCAUACUGUACACUUAAGCAGCAAGACGAAGAGAGACUUGAUAUGUUGCAAUUCUUUCUCGAAGCUGUUUUGAGACCGUUCAGGAUCAUUGCCCGGGAGAAAAUUGUAGCUUGUUUCGAUGCCUACAUGGCUUUGUUAUAUGGAUCCUUGUAUUUAUUCUUCGAAUCAUUCCCACUAGUGUUUGUUGAUCUCUACGGUUUUAGUUUGGUUGAAAUGGGUGUCGCGUAUAUGGGCUUUACUGUCGGCUGCAUAUUUGGAUAUCUUGCCUUGUACAUUUUUCAGACAAAAGUUUUUGAUCCUAAAUUUGAUAGUGGCACAUUCGAACCGGAGUCCCUUUUGCCGUUAAAUAUGGCUGUGGGUUGA